UGUCAGAGCCAGCCCCAGACUCCCGCCUCCUUAGCCAAUAGAACUCAGAGUUCCUCCCGAGUUAACCAAUCGCAAGGCGUAUUGCUGAAAGGUGCGCUCUACGUAAGGACAGCGGACUUCUGCGGGCCCCAGGAAUCCUGAAACCAGGGAUCACGCAUAUUUGUUUUGAAACAUGCUUUAGAUGUUUUUUUCUGGAAGCCCUGCAACUAUCCUAAAAACUGAAUGUAUUGUGGAUCAGACUUAUGGCCAAUGGUGGCAGAGUCUACAUACAACUAUGCUUCGUCGUGCUCUGGGAAAAACCUUUCGACUUGUUGGCUAUACUAUUCAGUAUGGCUGUAUAGCUCAUUGUGCUUUUGAAUACGUUGGUGGUGUUGUCAUGUGUUCUGGACCAUCAAUGGAGCCUACUAUUGAAAACUCGGCUGUUGUUUUUGCAGAAAAUCUUAGUCGACAUUUUUAUAGUAUCCAAAGAGGUGACAUUGUAAUUGCAAAAAGCCCAAGUAAUCCAAAAUCAAAUAUUUGUAAAAGAGUAAUUGGCUUGGAAGGAGACAAAAUCCUCACCAGUGGUCCAUCAGAUUUCUUUAAAAACCAUAGUUAUGUGCCAGUUGGUCAUGUUUGGAUAGAAGGUGAUAAUCUACAGAAUUCUACAGAUUCCAGGUCCUAUGGACCUAUUCCAUAUGGACUAAUAAGAGGACGUAUUUUCUUUAAGCUUUAUACAGUUGCUUGAAUGGACACAGUUAGAAUGGACUCUCUUCAGUGUAUCUGAAUACACAGUUAAAGGAUUCUACUUGGUGAACAAUUUCAGCUAUAAUGAAGGAGUUCUAUAAUUAGUGAACAGGUAUCACAAGAAAUCAGAGUAACUUCUUCUGCUUCCUCCUUGGAAACACUGUAUUCUCCACCACAACGGCAACUCACAGAAAAAGAGUGAUCAUCUGCAGAGAAAACAAAAUAAUGCUUUAAAUGCUUACAAGUAACUUCGUAAACACUAUAAAAAAAUGCAGUUUAUUCCACAGAAAUUGCAAGACAAAAGAAGCUCUGUAAAUAUAAAAUGUAUUCUUAAAUGAGAACCUGAAAAAAUUUCUUGUAUGGAGCAGUGUUUCUAAAAAUUAUCUAUCAAAGAAUCUUUAUUUAUAGAGGAGAUGGGUUAAAGCUAUGGAUUAAUAAUAGUCCAAAGAUCUUGGGGCAAUAGCAGCCCCUCAGAGUGACCCAUGAAAUUUGUCUUUUUUUUUUUUUUUUAACAUUUUUCUCAACAAUGUGUUUAUCCAAACUAUUACUGUAAAGGAAAAAGAAAAAUACCCUACCUGUUAAAGAGCAUGCUUUUGCCUGGAGUAUAUGGUUUUAGAGAAAACUUCACACUUAACUGCUUAUCAAAUUCAACAUUUGACUAUAUCUGUUCUGGUAUCACACUAUUUCAAGAAUCCUGACUCAACUAUAUAAAAACACACUGUUUUUUUCUGUGGGUGUUUGUACAUGUUUGUUAGGUGUUUACAAAUGAUUUAUGAACCAAAAGGACAGUCACUGAAGUGAGAUGCCCAAAGGAGGCAAUAUGGUGUAAUGUUUAGGAAAUUUUAAGUCUGUCAUCUUCCUAAGAAGUUGAAAUCUCUGCGUCCUUUAACUAAAAGAAUUUCUGAUCCACUGGUCAUUCAAUUUUACUGUCACUGAGAAGUGACUGUCAAGGAAAAAUAAUUACUGAUCACAUUAUUUUACUGUAAUUUUUUAUAUAGAUAAAUGAACUAAGUAACAAAAUACAUGAUUUCUUACAGAUGCCGUUACUCAAUUCUCAAACUUCAUUUUUAAACAGUCAAACAGAUCUCAACAUAUGCCAUUAAAAGAGAGGGAAAAAAGAAAGGAAAAGGAAAAAAAAUUCAACUGCCUUGUUUUUGUUCUCUAAUGAAGUUUGGCCUAGAAAAAAUAGCAAUUAAAUGAACCAACUUCAUGUGUUUAUCAGUUAAGGAAAACGAAUUCAUUCACCCAAUCCUUUUUUUUUUUUUUUUUUUUAACCACAGUGCCUUUUUUCUCCAUAAAGAAAAAUAAUUUCAUUUUGAAUUUAAGAAUGCUAUCAUCUUCCCUGUCUAAGCCAACAUAUAUGUAUAGCAGAGGAUAAGUGCAUUGUUUUUUGGUGUAAAAAUGUACAUAAGCUAAAUUUCCUUUUUUUUUUAACCACUUCAGUGAACAUUGAGAAACAAUUUGAGGUGACAUGAGCUUGGUAAAUGAUGCAGAGGCCACCAUGGACUACUCUGGAGUUCUGUCAUAGAUGACUCCAAAUGUUAAUGCUCACUAAAAACUCACAUCUUGUUAAAUUUCUUCUUAUAUUCUACUACACUUAAUAAAGUGAUAUCUUCACAGACAUCAUCAUUUUAAAUAUAACAAAGACAAAAUGACCACACAAACAAACUAACAAUAACUGUGAGGGGAAAGGUUAACUUCAAUCUCUCAACAGUUCUUCAGGUAUACCUUUUAAGUGUAAUAAAACACACAUUUCAUACUGUCCUUGCAUCAAGAAGCUGAAUUUGGCUGUCUAUCAUGUAAGGCUUCAUCCACUUUCCUGUUCUGGAUCUUCACCUUCCAAGGCUAUUCUGAAAGUGACUGAAGAAAUCUUCACACAAUUUUUUACUUGCCCAGUUGAUCUGCUUUUUAACUUUAUCUGCCAAGGCUGCUCUUUUCAAUUGCAAAGAACAAUUCAAAAUUGUAAAUUCAAUUGCAAAACUUAACAUGACUAGUUUUUAAACAUUCCUGCAAAAAUAAUAGCUUCAUGCAGCUGUUAGUAUUUUCUCUCACAAGGAUAAGAACUAUUUCAAGUUUUACAAUAAUAAACCCUUAAUUUUAAUAAACAUGUAAGGACAUCCCAUAGUAUUAAAAUUAACUAUAGCUGCUUAUAACUGAUUCAUUGUCUGUGGUUGGGAUUCUUCUGUAUCUUCUUCACUGUCAAAUUUAUUUUAGGAAGUCCCAAAGAACAACACCUUUAUAACAUAACCAUUGACAAUUUGUACAUGUUGUACACUUCCUUCAUUAUCUUGGCAUUAUCACUUGUAUCAGAAAGUUCCUAUAGUUGACUGAACAGGUUUUUGAAUCAUCAAUCCAUAUUCUUAAUUUAAAAUAAAUCUUAUAUCAAUUAUAUUUUUAAAUGUUACUGAAAGGAAGAUUACAAAAAUCAAAACUAUUUUCACAUUAUCAGGAAUCAUUAGUAAAUAAUAUAUAUCAGUCAAUACAGCAAGAAGAACUGAUUUGUCUAACAGAUUAAACAUACAUAUGGAUUCUUAAGGUAGCAAUACUGUAUUUUCAAAAGAUCUGUUUAGCUGGCAGGUCUCACUGAUAAAUGACAUGUUCUAGUCUGUCUCCUUCACGAUCUAGCAGUGAAAGCUUGUGUCACUAGUAUAUUCUGUUUUCACAGCAGUAGCUCUUCCUGUUUAGACUGAUGAAACUGUCAACCCCUUAAAGCCCCAGUUACACAAAACCUCGUUUUCCAAUCAUUCACUGCAAAUAAGAAUUUCUACUCUAGGAUUUCAUUUGGCAGCUGGAACAGAGUGGCCCACAGGCAAAAACAUGAUUCCCCUUCCAAGCCAAUAUAGCUUGUGACCCAGCUUCCUAAGAGCACUAAACUAAGAAUUUACCAUUAAAAAAUAUUUUAUUAAACUUGGUUUCUGGAAA